GUGAUGACGUAUUUGAUAGCCUGAUGCAGGGGGUUGUGCGGCUGAAGGAAUUCGUUGAACUUUAGUUGUACUUCAUCAAAUAUAUUUCAUUUCUUCCUUAUUUCACCCUAAACUCGACAUUGAAGCCACCGCUUUCCAUUUACAUUUAGUGGAAGCUCCUCAGUAAUGGCGGAUAAAGAAGUGUAUGAUGAUGCUGUAGAAGAAAGGGUAAUAAACGAAGAAUACAAAAUAUGGAAGAAAAACACCCCUUUUCUCUACGAUCUGGUCAUGACACAUGCUCUGGAAUGGCCAAGCUUAACAGUGCAGUGGUUGCCAGAUGUGAAUAGACCAGAAGGAAAGGAUUACGCCGUUCAUAGACUGGUGUUGGGAACACACACUUCAGAUGAACAGAACCACUUGGUUAUCGCCAGUGUUCAAAUUCCUAAUGAUGAUGCUCAGUAUGAUGCUUCACAUUACGACAGUGAAAAAGGAGCAGAGUUUGGUGGAUUUGGCUCUGUGAGUGGAAAGAUUGAGAUCGAAAUAAAGAUCAACCAUGAGGGAGAGGUAAAUCGUGCCAGAUACAUGCCACAGAACCCCUGCAUAAUCGCCACCAAGACACCAACAUCUGAUGUGCUAGUGUUUGACUACACCAAACACCCUUCCAAACCAGAUCCUAGUGGUGAAUGCAGUCCAGAUCUAAGACUCCGUGGCCAUCAGAAAGAGGGCUAUGGUCUCUCAUGGAACCCUAACCUGAGUGGAAACCUGCUUAGUGCAUCAGACGAUCAUACAAUCUGUCUGUGGGACAUCAGUGGAAGCCCUAAAGAAGGAAAGAUUGUCGAUGCCAAAACCAUCUUUACUGGCCACACUGCUGUGGUGGAGGAUGUGUCCUGGCACUUACUACACGAGUCACUUUUCGGCUCAGUGGCUGAUGACCAGAAACUUAUGAUCUGGGACACCAGAUCCAACAACACAUCUAAGCCCAGUCACUCAGUAGAUGCUCACACUGCUGAAGUCAACUGCUUGUCCUUUAAUCCCUACAGUGAGUUCAUACUGGCCACUGGCUCUGCAGAUAAGACUGUGGCCCUGUGGGAUCUGCGCAACCUAAAGCUGAAGCUUCACUCUUUUGAGUCACACAAGGAUGAAAUCUUUCAGGUUCAGUGGUCUCCACAUAAUGAAACAAUUCUGGCUUCCAGCGGCACAGACAGACGACUCAACGUAUGGGACUUGAGUAAAAUUGGAGAGGAACAGUCUGCUGAAGAUGCUGAAGAUGGACCUCCAGAACUGCUGUUCAUUCAUGGAGGCCACACAGCAAAGAUCUCAGAUUUCACAUGGAAUCCUAAUGAACCCUGGGUGAUCUGCUCCGUUUCUGAAGAUAACAUCAUGCAAGUUUGGCAAAUGGCAGAGAACAUUUACAACGAUGAGGAACCAGACACACCUGCCUCAGAGCUUGAGAGCCAGGCCUCCUAAUGCCAGCUGUACAGUGCAGCAGGGUUCAAAUCUCACAACUCCAGACUUAUUCAUACUUUCCUUAUCUUCUCAGAUGGUUGGUUUUUCUGAAACAGGCUGCAUUAAAUGAACUCUUGCAGAACUUUACUUCUCUUUAAAAGUUUUCUUCAAGUAUCUGUAUUGCUUUUUCGUGCAUAUUGUUUUUAAACUUUGCAACUGCAAGUUUAUGUAGAUAUUCGUUAUACAGGUUCAUGUGAAAGCGGUUAUAAUGGGAGUUUCUAACAAAAUGCACUUAAGUGAAACAAUCUUAGGCAGAUCUUCAAUACUGCGCAUAAAUCGAUCAAUUGCAAUAAAACUUUUGUAAUACCUUUUAAAACAAUUGUUCCUUUUGUAUUUUUUAAAUUGAUGGUGCACCAUUGCGCAAUUCUUCAAUAAUGAAUAAAGUACAUAUUUAAUCAUAAA